GUCCCAAACUGCUUUGCUAAACCUAAACCUUGUUAGAAUCCAUAUGUCUUGGUUUUCAUGGUGAACUGCUGACAUCUACACUCCAGAACCGCCUAAAUGCUGUUUUCUAUCAAUCUGGGGCGACUAAAGUCUGGCUGAGUGUCUGUCUCUCAUUCUCUCUCUCUCUCUCUCUCUCUCUCUCUCUCUCUCUCUCUCUCUCUCUCUCUCUCUGCUCUUCCACCUCUCUCUCCCUCCCUUUCUCUUUCUCUCCAGAGUCCUCGGGCCGAACACAAGUCUACCUGAAGUCAUACACAGAAAGAGAGAAGCAGGAAGGUUUAUUUAGACAGCCAUGUUUUCCCUGUACUCUUUCCUGUUGGCUGGACUCAUUUGUCAUAGUUUGGGACAGUACGAUUACUAUGACGAAUACUACGUCCCCUCUGCACCACUAGAGGUGAUAUCAUCUCCCACUUGUGCCCAGGACUGUGAAUGCCCCAUCAACUUUCCCACUGCCAUGUACUGCAAUGAGCGCAACUUGAAAUUCAUCCCCAUUGUGCCGAGUGGAAUCAAAUACCUCUACCUACAGAAUAACUAUAUUGAGGAGAUCAAGGCCGGUGUGUUUGAUAAUGCCACCGACCUUCGCUGGCUUGUUCUCGAUAACAACAACAUCACUAGCGACAAGAUCCAGGCAGGUACCAUUGAUAAACUGGGCAGCUUGGAGAAGCUCCUCUUCAGCAAUAACAAGCUGACCAAACCCCCUGGUCCUCUUUCCAAGUCUUUGGAUGAGUUGAAGUUGAUUGGCAACCAGCUGAGCUCAUUUCCUUCCAACACUUUGUCUGGCAUGGAAAACCUGACCACCAUUCACCUGUCCAAGAACAAACUGACCACUGAGAGCAUCACAGGUGCCUUCAAAGGCCUGAAGUCUCUUGUUCUGUUGGACGUGAGCGAGAACAAGCUGAAGAAGCUUCCGGCGGGGGUUCCAUCUUCGCUCUUAAUGCUCUAUGCUGACCACAAUGAUAUCGACAGCAUCCCUAAUGGCUACCUGGCCAAACUGCCAGCCUUGCAGUAUCUACGUGUCUCUCACAAUAAGUUGGUAGACUCUGGAAUCCCUGCUGGUGUGUUUAAUGUGUCCUCUCUCCUUGAGCUCGACUUAUCUUUCAACAAGCUGAAGACCAUUCCAGAGAUCAAUGAAUCUCUUGAGCACCUGUACCUGCAAGUCAAUGAUAUUAGCAAGUUUGACCUGUCAAACAUCUGCAAGUUCAGCUCCCCUGUCAACUACUCCAGGCUGAGGACCCUGCGCUUGGAUGGGAACAACCUUACGCACAGAAGUAUGCCAGAUGACACGUCCAACUGCCUACGCCAGGCCUCAGAGAUCAUCUUUGAAUAGAGUCACGUCUCUGAUCAGCAGCCAGAGUGCUCUCUAGUACAUAAAACAAAAUAAGGCUAUUGCUUUUAUUAGACACUCUGAUUGAAAUCUACACAUCUUUUAUGACCCUUGUUAUUUGUAGUUUGAUGACAACAUUUACUCUCUAAAAUGUUGAGUACAUUUUUAUCAAAAAUGGGCAGCAAUAGUCUGAAAUCUUGAAAUUAUGGAACAUGAUAUAUAAUUUUCUUGUAUGAUACUGUAUGAGGAAUAGUACUAGAACUAGGAAAGGGACAUUUGUAUUUCCUACCUGUCCAUGAGGCAUUUAAGCACACACUUAGAUAAUUUGAUCUAAAGAAAGACACUAUUUUGUGCAAGAGAUUAAUAAAAUUAAAACAUAUUGCUUAGUCUACACUCUAGAAGUGGAUGUAGAUCAUCUAUUUUCAUCAGAUUUUUUUUCCGCAUGUUAAAAACCUUAAUCGCUCAAAAUGUUCUAUUAUUGUAAUCAUAUUAUUGAUAAGCCUGCCGGGAAGGAAAUAAAAUUGUUUAGAUUACUAUAUAAAAUAUCUUUGUUCAAACUGUCUGAAAAAUAAGACAAUGCUAUUUUGAAGGCUGUCUUGAAUUUAAGUUAUUUUUCAUAGUUUCAUUUGAACUUAACUAAAAUAUGGCUGGACUGAAUUAAUAUGCUGAUGUUUAUCUGAAACUAAAUCAAAGAAAAGAUUUUAUUUAACUGUGAGGAAUUGCAGUGUGAAAUGUUGUAUUAAUAGCAAACUAGUAGCAGCUUAAAUUUCUUAACACUGCCAACAUUUAUACAAUAUUCUAUCUGCAUGCAGUUCAUCUUAGUACCUUUUGUAAUCAUAAGUGCUUUAAAUUUUAUGGCAAUGGCAUUGGAAAAAGUGUUAUGUAUGCAAUAUACCAUUUCACAUCA